AUGCCGUGCGUGGAAGUCGCAAACAUCGCAACUCAAGUCAGAGACAUCCAUGCAGCAGGUGGUUUCCACAUACGCAAUUGGUCUUCGAACUCAAAGGAGGUCCUACGAAUACUAAAGAGCGAUUCGCUACUCCUCGAAGCUGUCGAAAUUACCGCAACAGAAAAGGUACUCGGCUUAUAUUGGAUGCCGAACUCCGACGUAUUCACAUUCAUCUGCAAGUUCGCCAGGCUGAAGCGCAACGUUUUAGACAGCGACAAAACACCAACCAAACGCGAGCUCUUGCAAGUACUUAUGUCAAUGUACGACCCACUCGGCUUCAUCUCAUGCUUUACAAUAGAGCUGAAAAUCCUACUGCAAGAAGUUUGGAGAAGCGGCAUUGGCUGGGAUACUGGUUUGCCCGACGCAUUGUUACCCAAAUGGAUACGAUGGAAACGGAUCCUUACAACAAUCGCUGGAUUGACCAUCCCGAGAUGUUAUUUCAACAGCAGCGAUCAAAUCCAUGAUGUCCAGUUACACACGUUCGUUGACGCCAGCGAAUUGGCAUACGCAUCAGUCUGCUACCUUCGGAUACGCCAGGGAGAAAGAACCUACCUCAGCUUCGUGGCCUCCAAGGCGAAAGUGGCACCGUUGAGUCCACUAUCUAUACCAAGGAUGGAACUGCAGGCCGCAGUUAUCGGAGCAAAGCUGAGUAACCGAAUCCAACGCAAUCCAA